AUGGCAACUGUUUCUAUGAAGGAAACAAUAAGCCAUUCGAUAAGAUGUUUUGCCCUUUUCAGUAACCUAUUAAGAACUGAGAGGCCGGGCCCCUCUCCAUUUCCACACAGGGACCGGGACCGGGACCGUGAGCGGGAGCGCAGAGAAAGAAGCCGAGAGCGAGACAAGGAGAGAGAACGGAGACGCUCCCGCUCUCGGGACCGGAGGAGGCGCUCCCGGAGUCGAGACAAGGAUGAGCGGCGCAGAUCCAGAGAGAGGAGCAAGGACAAGGACCGAGACAGAAAGCGCCGAAGUAGUCGGAGCCGAGAGCGAGCACGCAGGGAGCGGGAGCGAAAAGAGGAGCUUCGAGGUGGUGGCGGCGGCGGCGGUGGUGGUGGUGGUGGCGGUGGUGGUGGCGACAUGGCUGAACCCUCUGAAGCUGGUGAUGCCGCUCCUGAUGAUGGGCCUCCUGGAGAGCUUGGCCCCGAUGGCCCUGAUGGCCCAGAGGAGAAGGGCCGGGAUCGAGACCGGGAGCGACGUAGGAGCCACCGAAGUGAGAGGGAUCGUCGCCGGGACCGAGACCGUGAUAGGGAUCGAGAGCACAAACGGGGGGAGCGGGGCAGUGAGCGGGGCAGGGAUGAGGCUCGGGGUGGGGGGGGCGGUGGUCAGGACAAUGGGCUAGAAGGGCUAGGUAGUGAUGGUCGAGACAUGUACAUGGAGGCAGAGGGUGGUGAUGGGUACAUGGCCCCGGAAAAUGGAUAUCUGAUGGAGGCAGCUCCGGAAUGAAGAGGCUUCCUGUGUUGUGGACAUGCUUCUGUUUCGCUGUCUGCCUUUCUAGCCUUUCCACCAUGGCUUGUCCUCUGAGGUAGAAGUUUUUUUGUUGUUUUUUGUUCUGAUCCCUUGGAUUUAAAAAUAAAAUUAAUU